CAGUUACUCCUUCCUUCCUCUUAUUGGUUGUAGCUAAACUAAAAAGCAGUACAUCCAUAAUUGCACAUAUAAAGUCUGUCAGCUCAUCUACAAGUCCAACCUAACAGUCAAAUGAUAAGAAAUGUUGUUUGUAUUGUUAAUUCCUAUGCUAUACGGUAACAAAUAUUUUAUACUAUAAAUUAAAUUAAACCCCCAUCUCACACUCUGCAAGACUGCAACAUAUAUCCUUCCAUUGAUACCUUCAGAAUCAAAAUGUCUCAAGAAAUUUGCAUACUGCCAUUCUUCGGACAAGGCCAUCUUUUACCAUGCUUCCAACUAUGCAACCACUUAACUUCCACAAACUUUCACGUCACCCUUCUCAUCUCCUCCACCCUUGCCACCUCCAUUCCCUCUUCUCUUCAUCAACACCCUCUCUUUCAAGUUACCCUGAUCCCAUCACAACCCCCACCUCCUUCACCAGAACACCACCAUGACGAGCUUACUAAAGGGCUCCAAAACAUUUUCUCUAACUACCCUCGUCCAACCCGACCCGUUUGUGCCAUUGUCGAUGUCAUGAUGAGUUGGUCGAACAAUGUUUUCAAGAAAUUUGAAAUUCCUACAGUGGCAUUCUUCACCUCAGGUGCAUGCUCUGCCGCCAUGGAGCUCGCAGCAUGGAAAGCACAACCCUUAGAUUUGAAAUACGGUGAAAUUUGUUUUCUUCCCGGAUUACCCUAUGACAUGGCGCUUACCUACUCUGACCUGAAACAACAUCUUCACGACCCUCCUCCUCCUCCUCCUCCUCAACACGGCAUUCCUCCACCUCCACAUGAAUGUGGGCCCAGUAUGAUGGGUCCACCUAAACUUGGAGGGCAACCACCGUGGCUGGAUGAGAUACAAGAAACAAUAGCAUUAAUGAUCAACACAUGUGAUGAUCUAGAGCACCCAUUUAUUAACUACAUCGCGAACCAUGUCAAAAAACCAGUAUGUGGUGUUGGACCACUUUUGCCGGGGCAGUAUUGGAAAUCAUCUGGUUCAAUUAUCCACGAUCGUGAUUUUAGGUCGAAUCGGUUGUCCAACAUCACUGAGGAAGAAGUGAUCCAGUGGUUAGAUUUGAAGCCACGUAGCUCAGUUUUAUACGUGUCGUUUGGUACUGAGGUGAGUCCCACAAUGGAAGAGUAUACGGAACUAGCCCAAGCAAUGGAGUCAUGUGAGCAGCCAUUUAUAUGGGUGGUUCAAACCGGUAAGGGUAGACCAAGUCCUCCUCGUUUAAGAGGAGAACCCGGUUUAGGAAUACCUAAAGCAGAAGGAUAUUUUCCUCAUGGAUUGGAUAAAAGAGUUGGGAAUAGAGGUUUGAUAAUACGAGGAUGGGCACCACAACUGUUGAUACUGAGUCACACAUCAACAGGUGGAUUCUUAUCACAUUGUGGUUGGAAUUCAACGAUUGAGGCUAUUGGACGUGGGAUUCCAUUGUUGGCUUGGCCUAUAAGGGGUGAUCAAUACCAUAAUGCCAAGUUGGUGGUGAGUCGUCUCAGGGUGGGUUAUAUGGUCUCUAAUGAUCUAUCAGAAAAGGUGGCCAAGGAUGAAAUAGUUAUGGGAAUAGAGAGGUUGAUGGGUGAUGAAGAAAUGAAGAAAACUGCUGAGGUUCUUAGUGCUAAGUUUCGGAGUGGGUUUCCAAGAAGUUCAUUAGCUGCCUUAGAUGCUUUUAAGGAUUUUAUCAAACAGAGAUUUGUUUAGGUUCAUUUCCUCAAACUUCUCUAUAGUAGACUAUGUCCCCACUAUAGAGAAUUACAAUCAA